GUGAGGAAACAUGGCGUACAGAGCAGUGCUACAUGCACCAGUGAUAUGCGUCGUCUCAACCUGUUCUUUCAGCGCAGUGUGUUUGUUUGUGUUCGUCGCUUUUGCUGCUUUUGAGACGGUAAAUACUGACAAUGUGUUCAGUGCGGGCCACUCGGCUCCCGUAGCCGUCGCUGCCGCUAGGGAUCUACGGUAUUUGUUGUAUGACGUGAACCCCCCCGAGGGUUUCAACCUGCGCAGAGAUGUGUACAUCCGCAUGGCCUCCCUGGUGAAGACUUUGAGGAAGCAGGGGGAUGACUGGGUAUUGGUGCUCCCUCCGUGGGGUCGCCUCUACCACUGGCAGAGCCCUAACCUCCACCAGAUCCGCAUCCUCUGGUCAGAGUUCUUCAGCCUCACCAGCCUGCAGGCCAACGUGCCUGUUAUCGAGUAUGAGGAAUUCAUCGCUGAGAACGGAGGCCCAUUCGUAGACCAGGUUCUAGUGCUGCAAAACUACGCUGAGGGAUGGACUGAUGGAAAAUGGGAGGAAAAAGUGGAUGAGCGGCCGUGCAUUGAUAAGUUGAUGUACUCCAAAGACAAACAGGGCUACUACAGGGGCUGGUUUUGGGGCUACGAGGAAACGCGAGCUCGGAAAGUGACGUGUAUGUCGGCCCAAGGUCAUGCCUCCAUUAUGGCUCCAGUUCUUCAGAAAAACAUCACAGUGACAUCGGUAAUGCUCGACCGAGCUGAGACGCUCCUUCAUGAUCACUAUGCUGGGAAAGAUUACUGGGAUACCCGCCGCAGCAUGGUGUUUUCCAAGCACCUCCGACUCAUAGGAGACGACUUCAGAGCAAAGCACCUGAACUCUACGGAUGAGAGAGAUCUCACCGUUUAUAGCGAGGACUGGACUCGCAUGAAGGUCAAGCUGGGUUCAGCGAAAGGGGGUCCAUAUCUCGGGGUGCACCUGCGCAGGAAGGACUUUAUCUGGGGUCAUAGGGAGGAUGUGCCCAGCCUUAAGGGGGCUGUCCAAAAAAUGCGCAGCUUAAUGAAGAAGCACAAACUCGACAAAGUGUUUGUUGCAACGGACGCAGAUGAAGAAGAAUUGAAGGAGUUGAAAAAGUUGUUGCCAGAUAUGGUGCGGUUCGACGCGACCACAGAGGACCUGGAGCUCUUCAAAGAUGGAGGAGUGGCCAUCAUCGACCAGUGGAUAUGUGCUCAUGCAAGAGUCUUCAUCGGAACGUCUGUGUCCACCUUCUCUUUCCGGAUCCACGAAGAGAGGGAGAUCCUGGGUUUUGACCCCAAAACCACAUACAAUCGUUUUUGUGGGGACAGUGAGAAAGAAUGCGAACAGCCCACACACUGGAAAAUUGUCUUUUAAUGUGACCUCUGACUUUCCUGACACACACAAGUGCCAAAAAGCAGUGUUUAAAGGUUCCAUGUAUUUCUAUGGAUUAUAGUAGAAGGGUAUUUUUUACUGUUUUAUGGUGAUUUGUUUUUAAAAAGGUUUUAUAGAUGUGCAAUCAGGUCUGUUGCGACCACCGUGACUGAAGCUCAAAAAACAGGGACCAGGCUGCCAAAUCCACCAUUAGAUGUGCAUCUGUUUUUUUGUUGUAUGUAGUUUCCUCCAUCCCACUCUGGUGUUUGACUUCAUCUGUAGUAUUUAUUACAAACACCAGCACGAAGGGGAAGCCAUACACACAGAAAUCUCCUGCCUUUGCACAAACAACAGCACACAGCACAUGUCGUGGUUGAAAACUCCACUUGGUACCUUUACAAUAGAAGACAACACCUAAUGAUUCUUUGCUCAGGAUCUGUUGAAUUGAGGUUCAUUUACCAUCAAGUGUCACUGUAUUUCAGCCUCAAGUCUUUGCACACCAAGAACAUAUUUUCAGUUCAGAGAGUUGUUAAAGCUGUACGGGUUCAGGCGGAUCAGAGAAAUGUGUUUUCUUCUUUUCAGUGUUUGGUCUCAGAGCGUGUACCACUGACAUCCUGAAGGAGACUUUGGAUGCAAUCGUGAUAAUUUCGCAGCUCUUUGAUCAGAAGGGGAAAUUCUUCCCGGUCCUGACGGCUCUCAGGAUUGAAUGGACCCAGAAGAGCAAUCACAAAAUCAUCCUCACUGCUCGACUCCACUUGAUCUGCUACGGUAAACUUUUGGAACAAAUACAAUAAAAAAACACUUUUAAUGGAGGUAUGGACUCUGUGUGCAAAGACUUCUAGAGACCCCCCCCCCCCCUUUGUUACUUGUUAUACCACACCAGUAUUAACAUUUGUCACUUGGGAAUGUCAUCCCGGCAUUACCGAUGUUGACACAGUUUGAAAUGUGACAGAAAAACUUUUAAUGUGUAUUUUGAAUCAUUGUGAUGCUCACUGGUCUCCACAGACUGCACUAUGUAUAUUUAGCUUAUUGUUAUAGUGUUGUUGAUACAGCCAGGGAAAGAAUUUGAGAUGACAAUAAGGUGUUUCCUCUGAACAAUAGCCAGCCAUCAAGCUGUAAUCUUAAAACGCACCUUUUUUUUUUCCAUGUUCUUUUUCCAUUCUGAGCUGUUUUGUCAUACGACUCGGGCAGAGUUCGAGCGUUGCGUAAAAACAAGUCGAGUGAGGUUUGGUUUGUGCUGUGUGUAUUUGUAUUGGUGUGCUUGAAAUUAUGAAAUUUGAAAGUUGUGUUAAAAUGAUAUAUGAUGGGUUGUCUGAGUAUAUCUUGGUCAAGCAUUAUUACAUUUACAUUUCUAAAUAUAAGUACACGGGAAUGGAUUUCAGAGCCGUGUUCGCCACCUGUUCUUUCCUCAGGAUGAAACGCCUUUACCUAACGCUAUGACUCGAGUCAAGCAAAUGUGUCCCGUGUACCACUCAGUGGCGCGAAGACACAUCUGUCUCACAUACUAUUAUUGGCAUCCAGAUGGAAAACCCGUUUGACUGCUUCGCUGACUGAAUUCUGUGUUCUGUUAAACACGACAAUUGUGUCAGGUUUCACCUUUGCCUUUGAACCACCUGUUCUCACAGUGGUUUCCUGUGUGUCUACAUGUAAAACUUUGCCUGCCUGGGUGAACGUUUCUGUCCUAAGAGGACUUUAUAGGCUUUAGUGUCCUGUGAGUGAAAGAUAAAGCUCGACAUCGAAAGCUCUGUCAUGUCAAUAAGCGUCGUCUGUUUACACACACACUCUCACAAUCUGUGUUUGUGUAAGAGUGAGGGGAAAUCUGACGCCACAUUAACCUUUAACAACGGCCGAACUCAAAUCUAGACCUGUUGUCUACUUCCAAUUAUCCACUUGUUUGUUUCGAUAUCAUUUUUCCCGUCGGUGCAAUUUUUUAUUUCAUAGGUCUUUGCUCUCCCGACACACUGCAGUCGCAGGAUGGUGCGUCUGGAGAGUUCAAGGCAUUGAACUCUCCAGACGCACCAUCCUGGAAGCACCACAUGAUAUCAGUGCGACCCUCCCCUGUGGAGGCCUGCACCUCACCGACAACCCCUCAUGGACUUGUGUAAUUGAUGGUGUUGCUGGGUGUCAACUCGUCCCCUCUAAAUCCACGUUAUCUUAGAACAGUGAUGAAGAUGUUUUGUGACCUUAAAGCCUGACUCCAACGCUACGGUGGCCCUGAAGUUCAAAUCACAACGACCGAAUACAGACGACAAAGACAAAUCACAGCAUACAAAUUACAAAAAACAACAAAUUACAGUAAACAAUGGCAUGCUCGCCCCUGAUUUGAUGCUUUCCAUAUGUUUUGUAUUUUGCUGUUGUGUUUUUUAUUUGCCAUUCUUUUUUCCUUAUUUGCCUUUGUCUUUUAAUCUGCUUUGUGUAUUUCUUGCCAUUGUGUGCUCCUAUUCCACAUUUUUUUGUGUUUAGUUGCUACUUUUAUUAUUUGCCAAAUAUAAUUUGUUGAUGUUUCUUAUUUCACAUUGUGUUUUUUUUUGUGUUCGCCCCUUUUGCCUUUGUGUUUUGUGAUUUGUUGUUGUUGUUUUUUUCCUUAUUUGACGUUGUGAUUUACUUCUGUAAUUUUCAAGCACAGUUUUGUUAUUAUAAAACAUGAUGUUGGUUAAAUACG